CAAAAAGCAAAUUUAGCUAAGAACCAAAGAAAGCAAAAACCACAAUGUUCUCAACCAUGGAAUGUCAAAAAGCUCAAUUCUUUGUAAUCAUUCUUGUCAUUCUCUUUGCGGUUUCAAGUAGCAAAAAUGUUUGUAACCCGGCCUGUAAGGCUAAAGAACCGUUCAACUGCGACAAUCCACUUACAUUCAACCGAACUAGUUUUCCAAAGAACUUCACUUUUGGUGCGGCUACUUCGGCCUACCAGAUCGAAGGUGCUUCACAUAGAGCACUUAACGGAUGGGACUAUUUCACUCAUAGAUAUCCAGAGAAAGUGCCAGACCACAGUUCUGGAGACCUUGCUUGUGAUUCGUAUGAUCUUUACAAGGAGGAUGUCAAAUUACUGAAAAGAAUGAAGGCUCAAGCAUACAGACUCUCAAUAGCAUGGUCAAGGAUCUUACCAAAGGGAAGAUUGAUUGGAGGGAUUGACGAAAACGGGAUAAAAUACUACAAUAACCUCAUCAAUGAGUUAAAAGCAAAUGGCAUUGAACCGUACGUAACAAUAUUCCACUGGGAUGUUCCCCAAACUCUAGAAGAUGAGUAUGGAGGUUUCUUGAGUCGACGUAUAGUAGAGGACUACAAAAACUAUGCCGAGCUUCUAUUUCAAAGAUUCGGAGACAGAGUCAAAUUUUGGAUCACUUUAAACCAGCCUUACUCUCUCGCAAGCAAAGGUUAUGGAGACGGAUCGUAUCCUCCUGGACGGUGCACUGGCUGUGAAUUUGGAGGAGAUUCUGGAACUGAGCCUUAUAUAGUUGCACAUAACCAACUUCUAGCUCAUGCAAAAACUGUAGCAUUAUACCGAAAACGAUAUCAGAAAUUGCAUGGUGGUAAAAUAGGAACGACCUUGAUCGGGAGAUGGUUCACCCCAUUAAACGAAAAUAGCAUUCGUGACACGGCUGCUGCAAAGCGGGCAUUUGAUUUCUUCGUUGGAUGGUUUUUGGAUCCAUUGGUUUAUGGAAGAUAUCCAAAGAUAAUGCGACAGAUGGUUGGACCUAGAUUGCCAAAAUUCACACCUCAAGAAUCAAAGUUAGUCAAAGGAUCACUUGAUUUUCUAGGGUUGAACUAUUAUGUUACACAAUAUGCGACCAAUGCACCUCCUUCUACAAAACCUAGUGUCAUAACCGAUCCAAGAGUUACACUUGGAUAUUACCGCAACGGAGUACCUAUUGGUGUUCAGGCGCCCAGCUUCGUCUACUACCCUCCAGGGUUCCGUCAGAUUCUAAAUUAUAUCAAAAACAAAUACGGAAACCCACUUACCUAUAUCACUGAAAACGGAAUUGGAGAUCUUGAUAUGGGAAACUUAACCCUGCCAAAUGCUCUUGCUGAUAAUGGACGAAUUCAAAAUCAUUGCAGCCAUAUUGCAUGUCUCAAAUGCUCUAUCGAGGAUGGAUGCAACGUAGCAGGAUAUUUUGCAUGGUCAUUAAUGGACAACUACGAGUUCGGAAAUGGUUACACUCUCCGGUUUGGUAUGAACUGGGUCAAUUUCACUAAUCCUGCUGAUCGAAGAGAAAAAGAUUCUGGAAAAUGGUUUUCUAAGUUCAUAAUCAAACAAUAAGAGGAAUUGAUAUGAUAUACAUAC